AGGUUAAAAUCUGGAUUUUGGACGAAUGUUUUGAAAGUCGGAGAAGAGGAACCGGCUAGAAAAAUAAUUAAACGCUCUGUCAGCUUGAAAAUAAUAAAAGUGAAUUACUCCUGGAUUAAGACAGAAGGACAGUGAUGCCGACUCGCUGCUGCGUCCUGGACUGCCAAAGUUCCCAAAAUGAGCCAAAGAGACAAACAUUCCCCUUUCCUUUGUCACAUCCUGAGCUCGUGGAGAAAUGGAUUGAGGCGCUAAAAUUCCAUCAAUCACAAUUAACUUCCGGCGCUGGCAUUGUGCGAAAGAGAAUUUGCAUAAAUCACUUCACUUCCGAUGAUUUGGAGAAGUUCCAUCGAUUAAACGGAGAAAUAUCCUGCAUUCCUCUCAACAAUUAUAAAUUGAAACCUGAUGCAGUUCCUUCAGUCUUUCCUGGGGUACCUCAUCCACCAAUCCCUAACAUUGCUAAGCAGGUUUCAAGUGAAGUUCCCUUCUAUCCGAUUCCGGACAUCUAUGAGGAAAACUUUAUUAUGGAAAAGGAUCCAAUUGCCCUGUCAGCGAAUGAUUUCUACGUCUGUCAGAUUUGUGAAGCAACAGAGAAUUUAAUUGACAUCUCUGGUGAUGAUAAAUCUCACUUCCGGGAUGAACUGGAGAAGCUCAAGGGUAUAGAGAACAAUAAGAUGGAUCUACUGCAGUACCUUUGUCAGGAGUGUGGGAAUAAAUUAAUGGAGAUUAGCAUACUGAGGAGUCAGUAUGUUAUCACAUACAGGAAGCUCAUUGCGAAGAUUACACCACUUGAAGAAUCUACUACUGAAAUAAGAGUAAAAGAAGAAGAAGAAGCAAUGGAAGUAGCAACAACAGAAGGAACAUCAGGAAUGGAUCCUACGGGCGAGGAUGAAGCAACUGAUGAUAUAUCUGUAAUGGAAUAUGAUGACGAUGAUGACGGCGAUUUGUGGGAGAAGAUGAAAAAAUCCAAAUUGAAGCCCGAUAUCUUCCGGAAGUAUCCAAACAUGAAGUGUAUUGUGAAGGCGUUUGAUGCAGCAAAUGUGUGUCGAAUUGCAAGUUUAGUAAAAAGAGCUGAAAACUCCAAGAACUCCCGAAAAUACUAUUCCGUUAAGCUAAAGGAUAGAGGAUUCUGCUGCCUUAAAUGUGAUACAAUUCUGAUGAAUAGACACGCAGUGAUGAUGCACAAGUUCUCCCACGAUCCACAGAAUACUCAGAAUACAAAAUGCAACAUUUGCAAUGAAGAAUUCUGCUCGCCAGCCAGUACGCAGCGUCAUAUUCGUGUUGUUCAUGAGAAACGGAAGGACUACGAGUGUGGCUACUGCGGCAAGAGAUUCACGGAACGCUUUGAGGUGAGGGAUCACAUGGAGAGGCACCAUCAGGGGUAUCGGUAUGAGUGCGAAAUGUGCCAGAAGACUUUCAAGAAUAAGCGCAGUUUCAACUUCCACAAGAAGCUCCAUAUCCCGGAGGAGGAGCGCACGGAGAAGGUACGAAAAGUACGAAAGUACCUGAAGAAGGGACAAACAAGUAAAUUAUUGGAAAAGCCGGAAAGGCAAUAUAUUUGUCCAACUUGUGGAAAGAUUUUCACAAAUCAUGGCAAUUUUACCAGUCACAUACUAAUCCAUGGCGGGAAAAAAUCUCAUGAAUGUUCAGUUUGUGCAAAACGCUUCCUGGCAAAGAAUAGUCUAAAGGCUCACAUGAAGACUCAUACAGGUGAGAAGCCAUAUAAAUGUGAGAUCUGUGGGAAUGCCUUUCGGCAGUUGGGGCACCUGAACUUCCACCUACUCACCCACACGGGUGAAAAACCCUUUCAGUGCCCAAUUUGCAACAAGAAAUUCACAUCAAAUGGAAAUUUAACUGCCCACAAGCUCAUUCAUUCCGGAGAGAAGCCUCUUGGAUGUAGGAUGUGUAAGGAAAAAUUUGGGACAUACAAAGCAGUGAGGGAGCAUUACAGACUGACCCAUUUCCCGGAUUGUGAUCUCCCAACAGGAGCUGAUAUUAAGCAUAAACUCCAAGAAGUUCUGGGAGAUGAUUAAGAAAUUUUAUUUAAUGACUCAAGAGAAAUAGGAGAAAGGUAAAGAGAAAUGGUCAAAAGGAAGAAUCUCAAUUGAAUUCUGUGAAAUUCUUGAAAUAAUUCUUCAAAUUCCUCCUGAUUAUUUUUCUGAACAGUUAAAAAUAAUGAAGAAAACAAGAAACUGAAAGAAUUGACUGAAAUAGAAUUAUUUAGAACUCAUUCUGAAAUCUCAUGAUUUUUUACCAUUUAAUUGUAAUUUAAUUCUUUUUCAAUAAACCUGAAACUUUAUUUAAUAGAAAA